GCCUACCUUGACAACCGGCAACAUGAACGUCGCAAAGAUUUCCGUGGUUCUUAUUGUGUUUUCUGUGUUUAUAGUUUUCUGUCACUCGGCAGGGACAGAGAAAGUGAAAGAAAUGGACCAAGAGGAAGCGAAGGUCGAUGAGGAGAAGUUAGAAUAUGCAAAGGGUUCAUUGUGUACCUACUGUGACCACUGCAAGUUCUGCACACUGUGUGAUGAGCAGUGUCCUUGUGAGACCUCCGCUACCAAGCCAAACUGCCACAUGUGCAAGUAUUGCAAGUUCUGCCAUCUCUGCAAGGUCUGCGAUGCUGUAUGCCAACCAGGUGGUAUUUUGGACCGAGUCACGGCAGCUAUGGUGAAUGCUCUGCCCAGUUUUAACAAGGAUGAGGUUGACAGUGAUUUAGACAGUGUUAAAGAAUGGAUCGAUAAGAAGGACGAACUGUAGACGCGACGUGAGAGUCGAGAAACGUCCAGUGAUCAACCAUCCAAUGUGUAGUGUACUGAGUAGUUUGAAAUCAAGGUUUUAUGAUGAUGAAUUUUAAGAUGCAACCUGGUUGUUAAGGUUAAGUUAAAUUGUAUAGGUUACUUAUAUUUUGGUUGUUUGUGGUUAAAAUAUUAGUUGUAGCCAUAUAUAUGUAUGGCAAUCAGUAUAUGAAAAUGUUUUUUUCUUAAAAGCGCUACCUGUCUUUUAUAAAAUUAUAAAUUUUGGCUGAGGCUAUUUUUUUUACCAAAUGAUUAUAAAAACAGAAGGGUCUGCGCCCUUUGCCUAUUUUGUAGAUAGGCUCAUGUGACCUUAACCAAAUGUUUUUUUAAUGCCCUUAAUAAAAUGAAAAUUCAAAUGCAACAUCUUUUUUAAGAAACAAGUCUUUAGUAGUAUUUUGAUAUUCACUGUUAGCAAAACUAUGAUUUCAAACUAUCUAGUAGUCCAUUAUCUGUGUCCUCUUUUUAUUUUUCACUUGUUAGUUUCGUUGUGUAUUCAGUGACAUCGCUAUGUAAAACGAGUAUUGUUGAAGAUAGUAAGUUACCGAAUUAUUGUUACAUGUCAGUUGGUUUACAUUUAUUGUUGCAUGACAGCGCUACGGAAAGUUUAAGACAAAGUUACAGAUAGUUUUGUUAUGAAAUGUUUACAGUUUUUAAUUAUCAUCAGGUUCUAAAAGUUAAAUGUGCCAUGCUUUUAUUUUGCGAAAAUUGUUGUUUGUGUAUAAUUAUUGGUUGAAAGAACAUUUUUAGAUAAGAAAUCUUUUUUUUUUUCUGGUUAAGUUGUAUUUUCGAAUUAUUUUGUGUUAGAUUGUUUGUAGAAUUAUUUGUUUAUGAGUCAUUAAGUGUUAAUUCGGGGAUGAUAAUUUUCUGGAUCGAUCCUGAAAUCAGGACUGACGGCGAUGAUAAUUUUCUGGAUCGAUCCUGAAAUCAGGACAGACGGCUUUCUAUUUCAGAUUUCUGUAAAUUUUCUAACAUUGUUUAUUCCUGGAUGUUUUUGCAGUAAAUGUAACGUAGUAAAAAGAACAUUGAUAUAAAUGACUUUUAAAACAAUCUCAACAUGGAUCUAAGACCCUAAACCCUGGGGCAAUAUACACUAAUGUAUUGAGACUGAGAUUGCAAAUCUUCAUCACAUUGUUCAAAUGUUAUUAGAAGAGCAUUUGUGGUUAAAAUGGCCGUGCAUGUUGCAAAUAUUGUGUUAACAAUUGUUUACACAAUUUCUGUCAAAAGUCACUACAUUAAAGAUAUUUCAAGAUAUAAAAUCUAAUCCUUACAGUGAAUUGAUUUUCAGGAUCAGGAUUUUCGUUUCAUUAUCAUCCCUGCUGUUAUGAAAAACUUAUAUAUAAAUGGUAGCUCAUAAAAGUGCUCAUCGAACGGAACAAAAUAUGCAUUAGCAAAAUGUUGUAUUACGUGUUGAUCAGAGGCAAAUGGCAGGGACACCAACCUUGUAUCAAAUACCUUCUCUUUUUCCUUAUCAUUUCUUUAGAUAGAUAUAUUUUCUAAUUUAUUUGUUAUACAUCACAGAUUUUUUUCUUUAAUAACAUGUUACUUAUAUUUAUUUCUUGAAUAAUUCUAAAUUUGUGUGAGUUACAUGGGAGUUGUUUUUUUCACUUAAUGGGACUUGUUCAUUGUUCGAAAAAAAUGAAGGAAAUGGUUAUUGAUAUGAUAAAACACAUUCAAAUGUUCAAAUAAGUUCAUGUUGUUUAUAAUUAUUGAAAAAUAUGGAAAAAAAUACUAUAUUUCAUCAAAAGUCAUGAUAACGAUAUUGAAAAUUUAAUUAUUUUCGGCUUUGUUUUACAACAUUCUGUUCAAAGGAGUAUCUGUCAGUUUUAUUUUCAAACUCUUUUUUUUUUUAAACUCGAUGAUAAAAUCAUAUAAUUGAGCAAGUCCCUUAAAUGGAGAAUUGAGAUGCUCUCGUCAUAAAAUGAUGGAACAAAUUGCUUGAUGGCUUUUUACAUGCAUACAGUGAUUAAUAUAUCAUAUAUCAAACAUUCCACAAGGUCACGACUAUUCACAAUAUAGUUAUAAUCAUUUUGAUUGUGUGUUUGGCUUUCUGUGAACAAACCUGGAAGAGUAUUAUAAUUUACUGUGUGUAAUUGUUGCGUAAAUAUGAGUGAUGCUUUAAUGAGAAUUUGAAAGAAAUUAUUUUGAUAUAUGUUUCAUGUUUUGUCACCAAAGGGUGCAUGUAUAAUUAUGACAUAUAGAUUUGUCGUUUUAAAAUGAGUUUCAGUCCUAAAGACUUCACUGGUUUUAUGGUUGAAAAAACAUUGCAAAGCCAUUAUUUUUUUCAACUUCCAUUAUUAUUAUUUUUGAUACCAUUUUUUUUUUUUUGCCAUAAUUUUUAAAGCCAACAUCGACAUGCCAGAAAUUUUGAUUAAAUGUCUGCUGUAGAAAACAAGCCAUUACUGGAAUAUACACAUGUUCACAUACAUGUACCAUUCAGAUUUUUUCAUGUGAAAUCCAAUCUUUAGUUUCUUCAAGUUAUAUUACUAAUGAGUGAAGCCCUCCCGGUAAUAGCACAAAAUAUUGUACCAUUAGGGUGUGUUUUAAUGUUCUAACUUUUUUAUCCAUACGCAAUUCAGUAUAUGAGAUUACUAACAAAAGUAGUGUAGAAUGUACUGUAGUGUGUGCUGUGUUGUUUCACGCUUAAAAUUUUCCUGUUCACACAAUUCUGUUUGUACUAAUAUUAAUGUAGUUUACUUCUAUUGAAAAUGAAACUAAGUAAUGAUUUAAGUUUAAGUUUGGAAAAAGGAUAAUGAUAAAAACCCUUUAACCCACUUAGUGAUCUAAAUUAUAUUUGUCUACUGGCCCAGCCUCUGUUUAAAUCUACCGAUUCACAUGAUAAAAAUUCAUUUAACAAAUGAAUAUACGACAGGUUUGAAAAAAUACUGCCAUCCCAUUGGACAAAAUAUAAUUUCGAACACUAAAUAUGACCUUUCUGUGGCUUACAAAUUAUUCAAAAUAUUCGGUGGAAGUGUUAAAAUUAGAAAUAUCAAGCUUAAACAUAUGUUUAUGUAUUUGUAUGUCAUAAUUUGAAAUGGAAAUUAUUGCAAAACUGAAAUACAUAUUUAGAUGAAGAAAAUGUGUAAAAGUUUGAAUGAAUGACAUAUUUUCACACCUUUUUAUAUUGUGAUACAAACUUUAUAGUGUUUCUUGUAAUAAAACGUGCUGUGAACCUUU